UUGGGAACACACAAUAAUUGGAAAAUACAGUCUCUUUUAGUUCAGCACAGACAGACCCUCAUAUUUCUGCUGUCAGGUGUGUGAACUGAAAUACAUUCCGUCAUUUUAGACGCUGACUUGCGCUUAAUUAAUAGGUACAAAAGCGACUGGUCUUAUUCAUCUUCAGAGGAAUCUUAUCAGCGACUCUUCGUUAAUCAGGAUCUGUGUGUGUAGGUUGUUUUGUGUUUUGUGUGGGGUUUUUUUUUGUCGUUUUUCUGUCAGUCAAUGUGCAUGAGCGCGUGCGUCUGUAAAGUCCGAGAUCGAACAGCAACACUUGAAUAACUUCACUGAUUGUGAACGACAUGAAGACCAUCUCUUUACUCUUCAUCAUCUCUUUAUUCUUCAACGGUGCUUUGACCGAGUCAGUGAAAGUGAAUGAGGGAUAUUCUGUCACACUGUACACUAAUACUACAGGUGUGAUCAAGUGGAGGUUUGGAGUUGAACUACAGAGUAAUGAUGUGAUCGAGUGGAGGUUUAGAAAUGAACUCAUAGCUAAAGUGGACAGAGGUUCAAUCUCAUUUUUUAACGGAUCUGAUGGGAUAUUUAUUGACAGACUGAAGAUAAACAAUCAGACUGGAGAUCUCACCAUCAUAGACUUCACAUAUGAUCUGGCUGGAUCUUAUCGCCUACAGAUCACUGGAGAGAGAGAAAUAACAAAGACAUUCAGUGUUACUGGGACGUUAUUGUUUGUGAUGGAGGGAGAGUCUGUCCGUAUGAAUGCUGGUGCACCUGACAGAGAAAACUAUGUGAUCCGCUGGAGGUUUGAGAACUCUCCUCUAGCUGAACUCAACAGAAAGACUGAAAUCAUCUCAACACAUGAUGAGAGAUUCAGAGACAGACUGAAGCUGGAUGAUUGGUAUGGAUCUCUCGCCAUCACAAACAUCACAACUGAUCUUUCUGGACUUUAUGAAGUCAUCGUCGACAGCAAUAGUGGAACACACACCAUACACCAGUCAUACACAGUUACUGUCAGUGAUGAAGUGAAGUCAGUGUCAGUGAUGGAGGGAGAUUCUGUCACUCUACACACUGAUACUCAAAUACAGAGAUAUGAUAAUAUAAACUGGGAUUUUGGACCUCAAAAGUAUUUAUUAUCAGCAACGUCUGGUGGGAGCAUUAAUGUUUAUAAUGGGAGAUUCAGAGACAGACUGCAGGUGGACGAUCAGACCGGAUCUCUCACCAUCACAAACACCACGACUGAAGAUUCUGGACUUUAUGACGUAGAGCUUAAAAAGCGUCAAUCCGAACAAAUCAUCAAAAAGAGAUUCAUUGUGUCUGUCAGCGCUCAAGAUCGAUCUUCACAUGUGUCUUCAGGAGGAUCAUGUGUUGGUGUUCUGCUGGUGUUUGUGUGGUCACAGAUCAUCUAAAUCAAGAACACAAGAGGGUGUUGUGUACUGAAACUCAUUUGGUGGUGAUAGAUCUGAGCAUCUGUGUUAUUGUGUAAACUACUGCUCGGGCAUGUCAACAGGGAAUAUUUCACAAUCACAGAUUCAGAGUCAG